AUGUUUUCACAUAGUAUUAAAACCCUGUUUUCCACACUUUAUUUCCCAAUAAAAGACAAAAAUAUGACAUUCCCAGAAUCACUUAAGUUUAUUGGUUCAACGCUAUCGUGGACUCUUAGAGCAGGUUGUGUAGCUCAUUUAAUUCAUGAAAAUGUAUAUGAAUUCACAGAAACUCGAGGGGAAUCAAUGUUACCCACAUUACAAAACCAACAUGAUUAUGUUCACGCCUUGAAAAAAUACAAAUAUGGAAGAAAUUUAGAAAUGGGUGAUUGUAUAGUCGCUAUCAAACCAAGUGAUCCAAAUCAUAGAAUAUGUAAACGUAUCACAGGGAUGCCAGGAGAUAUAAUUUUGGUAGAUCCAUCAAGUUCUUCAGAGUUGACAAACUCUACAAAUGAAAUUGUGCAGCACGAUGGUUAUAACAAAUACAUACGAGUUCCAGAAGGUCAUGUGUGGUGUACUGGAGAUAAUUUAUGUCAUUCAUUGGAUUCAAGAUCAUAUGGUGUAGUACCUAUGGGACUUAUUACUGGGAAGAUUGUUGCUGCUAAUUCUAUGAAUGGUGGGUUAUCUGAUCUAUUCAAUUUCCGAUGGAUAACAAAUACAAUGAAAGACGAGACUCCUUGA